CCUCUUUCGUUCACCUCACCGAACCGAAGUCAACAUGUCUGGACGCGGCAAGGGCGGCAAGGGCCUGGGCAAGGGCGGUGCCAAGCGCCACCGCAAGGUGCUUCGCGACAACAUCCAGGGCAUUACCAAGCCCGCUAUCCGCCGUCUGGCUCGCCGUGGCGGUGUGAAACGUAUCAGCGGCCUCAUCUACGAGGAGACCCGCACCGUGCUCAAGACCUUCCUGGAGAACGUCAUCCGUGACUCGGUCACCUACACCGAGCACGCUCGCCGCAAGACCGUGACCGCCAUGGACGUGGUCUACGCGCUCAAGCGCCAGGGCCGCACGCUGUACGGCUUCGGCGGUUAAGCGGCCAGCCCCAGCCGGCACGCUGCGCACACUGUUGCGGUCCCUGUGACCCGCAAUAUCAAAACAAACUCGGUGUUUCUCAACACCACCCUUCGUUGGUGGAUACAGCU